GGGUCCUGUGUAGCAUGUGACUUAAUUAGCUUCUCCAAAUAGCAGCUGAAGACUCAGUUUUUAUUUAGGAAAAUAGAAUGGACAACUAUCAUGUUCUUGAAAUUAUUGGAGAAGGAUCUUUUGGAAAGGUGUAUAAAGGCAGAAAAAAGUACACUUCUCAGAUUGUGGCCCUCAAGUUUAUUCCAAAAAUGGGAAAAUCUGAAAAAGAGCUCAAGGGUCUGAGAAGAGAAAUUGAAAUUAUGCGUGGCUUGAAACAUGAUAAUAUUAUUGAGCUUUUGGAUAGUUUUGACACUGAUAAAGAGGUUGUCGUGGUGACAGACUGCGCUGAUGGCGAGCUGUUUCAGAUUCUGGAAGACGACGCUAGUUUACCCGAGGAACAGGUCCAGGUCAUCGCCGCCCAGCUUGUCUCAGCCUUGUACUACCUCCACUCACAUCGCAUCCUACAUAGGGACAUGAAGCCCCAGAACAUUCUGCUCGGCAAGGGCGGUAUCAUCAAGCUCUGUGACUUUGGUUUUGCCAGAGGGAUGAGCACUAAUACGUUAGUACUCACCUCCAUUAAGGGUACACCCUUGUACAUGUCUCCUGAACUGGUGGAGGAGAAACCCUAUGAUCACACAGCUGAUCUGUGGGCACUGGGCUGUAUCCUGUAUGAGCUGUUCUCUGGCACCCCACCCUUCUACACCACCAGCAUCUUUCAACUGGUCAACAUGAUCAUCAAAGACCCAGUCAAGUGGCCAAAGACAAUGAGCUCAGUGUUCAAAGAUUUUUUACAGGGCUUGCUGAACAAGAACCCUAAGUGUAGGUUAGCCUGGCCAGAUUUACUGCAUCAUCCAUUUGUGGCCGAUAAGGUCAAAGUGAACUUGGCUGACACGAAACUGCCCUCCCCCUUCACCCAGCCCUUGUCUGCCUCCAUGAUGGAGCUGAAGGAGGUGCAGACAAAGACCAAGUCAAACCCACCUGGCACAUCCAAAAUUUUGGCCAGAGCCAGGAAAAAGGCAAUGGAGGAGGUUGAGAAAAAUAGACAGAAGAAAAGCCGCCUGCAAGCCUGGGACCAGGCGGAUGGUACAGUGGGGGACGGCCCAGCCAAGGAGAAAGCCCUGAGUAAAGACUGGGAGGACCCAGGGGCUAGCAAGGUCCAUGAGAAAGAUGAGGCUGCUGAAGUGACACCCAGGUCCAAUCGCAUCAGUAAAGACUACAAGGUGGAGUACCCCAGCAUAGAGGUGGGCGGCAGGACAGUGGUCAACAAAAAGAGAAAGGAAGAGAAGGCAAACAAUAUGGAGAAUGUCAAGCUGGAUGGGGAGGAUGUAGACAGUGAUGAUGAGUGGCAAAAGAUAAUUGACCUCACUGAUCAGGAGGGUGACCCUGACUACACCCUGCAGCUACUGGAUGAUGUGGAGACAGUUAAAAAACUUCAUGCCAGAUUUUCAUCCAGCUCUGAGCAGGUGAAAGAUUGUUUAUUGGAGGCAGCAUCAAGGCUGAGGUCUGUUCUCAGGAUCAUCACAAACAUCGUUACACUCAAGUGUGAUGUGAAGAAAAUUGCUUCUUUUUGUGAAGCUGUUGAGAUUCCAGACAAAAUUCUAGAUCUCUUGAAAGUCAUACUGAACAGUUCCAAAUUUAAAGAGCAACCCUGGGCCCAGCAGAUUGUCAUAGACCUGGUCAUCACCCUCAACGCUUUCUUUGCCAGCGAGAUUGGCUGGGCGGACUGGUCCAACAUUGACUCCAAAGAUAGACACUUUGUUAUUCAUUAUGCCAAGGCCACUCACUCCUUCUGGUCCCUGCUGCCUAGUCUGGUAACUGAAAGUAUUGAUGAGGAUUUGAGACUGCUGGAACAGAGUUUACUUUGUGUCAUCUACCUGAGUGGGGCCUAUGAACGAGCCCGCGUGGAAAACCCAGACAAAUACUUUGCAUCUCUGGUCACCAAACACAGGGAUGGCCUUGACAGCAUUUUUAUCCUGACCCGGGGAGACCCGGGUGUCCUGAACAGAUUGACAGAGCUAGCAGAAGGCAAUGUUCAGAUGGCGGCUGAGAGAAUGGAGCAAAUCAUUCUGCAGGCCAUUUCCUGUUUGGCUUCACUGACUUUUGUAUCACAGGAUGCAGUUGUCAACAAAGAUGGCAAAAAAAGAGUUGCAGAGUACCUAGCAGAAAAGAUUUCUAAAAAUAGCAAUGACAUCGGCCAUGAGUUUCUUCUUCUGAUGAGGCACCCUUUACACUGUAGUAAUGUGUUACGGGUAGUGUACUCAUGCUGUCAAGCUUCUGCUGAAUUUUGUCACUUCCUUGACAAAAACUCUGAGCAUGUGGACUCCUUAAUUGGCAUUAUCAUGGGGAAGGUGGAGAUGGCAGACAUGGAGGUGAACACAGUGAUUGAGAUGGUUAUCUACACCCUCAGUGUCAUAGUCAUACAGAUACAAGUCAUGCCACAGCCACUGACUGACUCAGCAGCUAUGAUGGUUGGUCUGUUCUUAGAUUCAACUUUAGCAAGUCACACAGCAGCAGCAGCCCUGUUGUUUAGCCAGAUGGUCACCUGUGGGGUCAAUGCUGAGGUCCAGCCCUACGAGAUGCUACAGGCCUGUUUGGCUGUGUUUACGGACCUAGACCAGAUCUGUGUUCGUCCGCCUUUUGAAUAUGGAGUUUUAGACGGCCUCUUGAUGUUAUUGAAUGAGCUACUUUCUGGGGACUACAGCAAAGACAUAGAAAAGCAGAUGAAAAACCAGUUGAUUCAGACUGACAGCCCUGUGGCUAGCCUGUACAUAGAGACAGGGAUUUGGGGCGCCAUGUGGCACCGGAUUGCACAAGGUGUGCAGGUUUUGAACCUGGAAGUGGACAUGCCGCUGCAGGACAUGGAGGGGAAAACUGAUGGUUUGAUGGCAUCGCAGAAGUUCCUUGCUCCUGAUUGGUCAUUGAUAUCCCCGCAGGGGUUAAUGGCAUCAUUACAGAUGGCUGUCACUGUGUUUACCAAGGAAACAUACCAGUGCCUGCCCAAUCUGGCCACAGCUGAUAGUAUCCUAAUGCUAACUCUGGUUCAUUUUUUACACCCUCAGUUUCUUACACAGAUUCAUUCACAUUUUAAAGCUGAAGGGGCUCAGUUGGUUGAAGACAUCAUACUGGCUGUCACACAGAUGGGUUGUUUCCCUUUUGCUGUAGACACAACAGAUGAGCUCCUGGCUGAGAUACAACACUGUUUGUACACCUCCAAGUUCCUCCCUCGUCUGCUGGCUGCAUGUGUGCACCACUUGUCUGGGUCGUCUCUGGAAACACCGCUGGGUCUUUUAGCCAGGCUGGUUCUGGGAAAUGUUAUUUUUGUGGAGCAGUUCGCCACAGCUGUCAAAAAAUAUCAGGCAGUGCCAUUUCUACAAAAGUGUAUGGAGAACCAGAGUCCACUGUCUGUGAAGUGUGAUGCCAUCUCUAUCUGCAGUCACCUCGUGAGGACAUCACCAGAACACCUGGACCUGGUCAAGAAUAUUUUCAAAGGGACAGAAGGUAACUACAGUUUGAUGUCAGGCUUCAUCAAUCACAGUACAGCAGCAAUCAAAUCUAGAACAUGCAGUCUACUUGGCAAUAUAAUGAGACAUGAUGGCCAGCUGUAUUCCAUUCUUAACAAGCCAAAAGACAAAAUCCUCAGUGGCCUCCUGGCGUGCUUGCAAGAUUCUGACUCAAAUGUCCGAAAGUGUGCUGCUUACGCUGUGGGCAAUGCCUGCUACCACAAUGGAGAGCUUUAUCAGAAGCUGAGACCAGCACUGCCUCAUUUAGUUGACCUACUGCAUGACCCAGUCACCAAAACAAGGGCUAAUGCAGCUAGUGCCUGUGGUAACCUUGGCAUGCAUUCCUCACUUUUAUGUCCAGAUAUUAAAAAAUGCAAAUUAGUAGCACAUUUGCUGGAGACUGCCUGCCAUGAUACCCAGUCAUCAGUGCAAAUUAAUGCUAUGCUUGCUCUAAGGAGCUUGUGUACCAGAGAUGAGCUCAUCAAGGAUCUUCUGACCUUAAAUGCUGUAGAAAAGUUGUCUCCCCUCCUCUCAAGCCACACACCUCGUGACCUCAUCACACCCCGUCCAUUCUCACCUGCGUCCAGACCUGGGAGUGUUCUGUCCAACAGGCCAAGUACUGCCACAGCCAACGGUGUUGCCACAUGUGCUAGCAAAUUACAGAGAAUACUUCAGGGAGCUUCAGUCUGA